AGAACAUGGAGGAUCUACAGGAGCUGGUCCAGGAGCGUUUGGCUGAACUCUUCCGAGCUCUCAAGGCCGUCAUUGGCAAACAUCGGACCCUAAACUCUGUGGACAUUCUCGGAGCAGCCGGCACCGUCAUGGCUAAAGUCAAAGGCGUGAACUUCGUGGGGGGGACGUGUGAAGAGCACAGCGGCGUGUUCAGAGAGAUCCACGCCUCCAUCGACACGCUGGCCUUCACCUUUGGAAAUGUAGUUUCUGACUUCCUGAUGGGAGAUGUGGACAGACGCUCAGGGCUGGGGGGCCCCCAGAGCAGGAGAAGCAGAUCUUUUGACGACCUCUCUGCUGACCCUGAGGAACGCCACAAACGGGAUGGGGGGGGCCCGGACCUGCAGCUCUCGAGAGAGGAAGAGGUGGACCUGACGUUGCUGAGGAACGAGGUCGGGGUGGAGUCGGCUCUUCUCUACGCCAAGGCCUGGUCCAAGCACAUCAAGGACCUCCUGGUGUGGAUGGAGAAGCGGGCGUCCAUGGAUAUCGAGUACGCUAAAAACUACAACAAAAUUGCUGAGUCAGCAAAGGUCCUGGUCAGCCAGCAGGACUUCAUGCCGUUCAGUGACAUUUACGUAUCCACUUUUAAGAAGGACAUUGAACACAACGCGCUGCUCUUACAAACCGCGGUUGCUCUCCAAGCAAAUAAGUUCAUCCAGCCUCUCCUGGCCCGGAGGAACGAACUGGACAAGCUGAGGAAGGAGGUGAAGGAGCAGUGGCAGCGGGAGCAGAGAAAGAUGCACGAGGCCGAUGCAGCUCUGAGAAAAGCCCAGAGUCUGGCGGAGCAGAGACGGGAGGAGUACAGGAAGCUGCUCUCCUCCAGCAGCCGCUCCUCAGAGGAGCAGGGUCACCACGGAAACAAGCAGCUGGAGAGGAGGAGACGCCUGGAGGAGGAGGCGCUGCAGAAGGCCGAAGAGGCGCAGGACCAGUUCCACAGCUGCAGGGCGGACGCCGGCGUCAGGAGGAUGGACCUGGCCAACGCUAAGAGGACGGCGCUCACACAGCUCCGGGAGAUGAUCUUCCAGUGUGACCUGACCCUCAAAGCUGUGACGGUGAACUGGCUUCAGAUGCAGCAGACUCACACCGUGGUGGGCCCCCCCCACUACCAGGCCCUGAAUGAGAACGCCAAACUGUACGAACCUGGAGAAUGUUAUGCAGAGUUUGUGAGGAACCUCCCCAGGAACCUUCCUAAAGAACAUCUUCACUCCGUCUCCUUUGAGGCUUCAAGGUUUGGGUUCAACCGCAGGUUCCUGAGUAGCAGUCAUUCCUCUCAAGGAAACCUGUCCCAAACAUCCAGCACCUUAUGUGAUGAAGGAGACGCUCAUCAUCUCCAGCAUGGAAAGAUUGGAGAGGAAAGGUCCAGCAGCAGCACAGACUUACCAGCCUCACGGAACCAGGCCCAAAGAAAAGCCUGGGCCACCAGUAGCCAGGUCAGCCAGGGGGGCAUGUGCAGCGACUCUGAGAGCGCCGGAGGCAGCAGUGAAUCCAGAUCCAUCGAUUCUCCCACUGCCAGCCCAGGUGACUUCAAGCGCCGGCUUCCCAGAACGCCGUCCACUGGGACCAUGUCUUCAGCUGAUGACCUGGAUGACAGAGAGCCGCCGUCCCCGUCAGACAAUGGUCCAGCUGAGCUAGUGACCAGCAUUCCCAGUUCUCCAGGUCCGUUUCGGAACGCUCAGAUGUCCAAAGCAGCUCAGACCCACAAACUGCGUAAACUCCGGGCCCCCUCCAAGUGCCGAGAAUGUGACAGUCUGGUGGUUUUUCAUGGGGCUGAAUGUGAAGAGUGCUCCCUGGCGUGUCAUAAGAAGUGCUUGGAAACACUCGCCAUCCAGUGCGGCCAUAAGAAGCUGCUGGGAAAGCUGCAGCUGUUCGGGGUGGACUUCGCUCUGGCGGCUAAAGACAGCGCCGACCGGAUUCCCUUCAUCAUCAAGAAGUGCACGUCUGAGAUUGAGAGUCGAGCUCUGAACGUCAAGGGUAUUUACCGUGUGAAUGGCGCCAAAUCCCGCGUGGAGAAACUCUGUCAGGCUUUUGAAAAUGGGAAGGAUUUGGUGGAACUGUCUGAACACUCGCCUCAUGACAUCAGCAACGUCCUGAAGCUCUACUUGAGACAGUUACCUGAGCCGCUCAUCCUCCACCGCUACUACAACGACUUCAUCGGAUUGGCCAAAGAGUCCCAGAGAGUGUCGAAGGAGGGGGGCAGAAACCAGAGUGCCCAGCGUGCAGACAAGGAUGGGCCGAGCCCCCACUUGAAGAAAGUAAUCUUCAGAGUCAGAGAGCUGUUGAGCCAGCUUCCUGCUUCCCACUUUGCAACGCUGCGUUUUCUGACGGCACACCUGAACAGGGUGGCAGAGCAUGCAGAGGAGAACAAGAUGACCGCGAGUAACCUGGGUAUCAUCUUUGGGCCCACGCUGGUGAAACCUCAGCAGACAGAUGCCGAGGUGUCCCUGUCCUCCUUGGUGGACUAUCCCUACCAGGUCCUGAUGGUGGAGCUGCUGGUGCGUCAUUUCCAUCUCAUCUUUGAUGCUUCACCUCUACCUGGAUCUGAGACGGCUGCUCAGGCCUCCCCCAGGCUGACCCCCCAGGAGAAAGCCCAGCAGCUCAGCAAACACUCCACCUCGCUGACAGACAUGAAGGAGAAUGCCAAAGUCUUCAAGAGGUUCUCCUCUGUGAUCCCAUCCACACACAUUCUGGACGAGGUUCAGGAAGUGGAACCUGGAAAAGACCAGACAGGCGCUUCGGACCGAUCCAAUGGAGAGCCGACUUCCCCUGGGGAGGAUGGGCAAAGGUCAACUUUAAUGUUUGACGUCCCCCCCUCGACCGUCGUCCCACCAAAGAUCCAGCUGCGCUCGCAGCGCGGCCGACAGGCGUCCCGGCCAAUCAGCAUGCCCCUAGAGAGGACCCGCCGGAAUACGGCAGGGGAGGGCUGUGAGCGGGACGCCCCCCCAGAGAGCAUCCAGGAGGAGCCCGAGCCUGACCGGGCCCGGCCGUCGGGCUCCUCCAGGAUGAGCAGCUACUACAUCGCUCCUUUCAUUGACACACAGACUAUGCCCAGGAGGACUUGGGACAGGAAGUACAAGCACUAUGACGUCACGCCGCGCACCGCCAUGAUCAUCGCCAACCUCCCCCCACCAUGCUCCGGACUCCAGCCCCUUAAGGGGGGUGUAACCGCUACCUCUGAGGUCUGUGGUUCUGGUUCUGAGAACCCUCCCAGCCCAGUUGUUCCGGCUUCUGUAGCAAAGAAAGACUCUCUUAGUCUGCCGCUGACUCUUAGGGCCCCCAGGACUCUUCAGCCUCCCCCAGGGACGUUCUACAAGCCCCCAGUUUCCAGUACCCUUACAAACGGGGAUGCCCCUGUCACCCCCACCACGUCCCCCCCCUGUCCCAAACCCUCCUCACCACUGACCUCUGCAACUGUUCCUGUGAGCCCCGAGCAGAUCCCUCUCCCCACCCAAGCCUCCACAGACAGUCCUCCCCCCCCUCUUUCAGCCCCCAGCAGCUCCAGUGACUGUAAACCCGUCCAGCAGAGACUCCGCCCCCGGCGCCUGCAAGAGCUUGAACAAAGAGAAUCUCAUUUUGUCUGAAAAAAGGUUUCUGUCAACGUCUGAGGAAAACACGUUAGAAGAUGAUGGAAGUCCAGGUCUUCCUGGUCCAGAAGGGGAUCCUGCAGCUCGGGGGGAGGGGCCAGGUCUUCUGGACCUUCAAUCAUGAAUCUGAAGUCUCCUGGUUCAACAAGGCGGUUGUUCUGCUGGAUUAUUCUGAAGGACAGAAUCGUUUGGAAACUUCUCUGCUGUUCUACAGAGGAACAUUUAUGUCAUUUAGGAUCGACUCUCUUCAUGUUGAGAUUUCUCCUCAGUUAAAGUCUAUGAAGUAAAUUUAUGAAUAAACUAUGAAGCAUCUCUGACUGGAAAAA